GUAAUUGCAAUCUAAGCAGUUCUGCCAUGCAAAAGGCACCUGCUAGUAAAUGUUCGUGGAACUGAUAACAGCGUCAGUUCGGUUUCCUUCCGGGUCGAUUUACUGUUACACGCGCGCCGGGAUCAGCUGUGAUUAACUGCCUGAUUUCUACCAAUUUCUACACGAUUAAUCUCGGUAUGUUUCCCAUGACUGACGUGUUCGAGUAUAUGGCGUUGAACUGUAAAUAAAAACCGAAGUUUCUGUAAAAGUGACUGUUAAGCGGAGAUGUUUAUGGCAGUAAUUUACCAACUCGUGUAAGUUCAGUGGAAAUCAUUAGACCGGAGUCAGACUCAGUCCACAGGAAAUCGCUGUGUGAUAUAACACGUGUCCAAGAUUUGUGUUCUGUAUUUGUGAUACUGGAGGUGAAAGAUGCCCAAGAAAAAGACUGGCGCUCGUAAGAAGGCUGAGAGCCGAAAGGAGCGAGAGAAAUAGAUCCGAGCCAAUAAAGAGGUGGUUGAUGUGGCCAAACACCCAUGCAAUGCAACCAUGGGGGCCGUAUGUGACUUCUGUGAGGCCUGGGUUUGUCAUGGAAAGAAGUGCUUGAGUACCCAUGCCUGCUCCUGCCCUCUUUCUGACGCAGACUGCAUCGAGUGUGACCGCAGUGUUUGGGAACAUGGUGGUUGCAUUUUCCACUGCUCUUUUUGCCACAACUUCCUGUGUGACGAUGAUCAGUUUGAACACCAGGCCAGCUGUCAGGUCCUGGAAGCAGAGACGUAUAAAUGUUUAUCUUGUAAUCGUCUCGGUCAGCAUUCUUGUCUCCGAUGCAAGGCAUGUUUCUGUGACGAUCACGCUCGAAGCAAAGUGUUCAAGCAGGAGAAAGGCAAGGCUCCUCCGUGCCCAAAGUGUGGACACGAAACUCAGGAGACCAAAGAGCUCAGCAUGUCCACCCGAACACAUACAUUUGGUCGGCAGAGUGGUGCAGACGAAGACGGAUAUAGUGCAUCUGGAUACAGCUCCUACUGGAAGAAUCUGGAAUCUGGUGGGGGAUACAAAGAUGAGGAGGACGAUGACUACGAUGAUGAUGAAGAGGACGAGGAGGAUGAUGACGAGGAAGAUGAGGAGGAGGAAGACAACCCAGAGGUGGAGGACGCGCUCUCAAAUCUGAGUUUGGAAGCAAGUGGAAAGACUCAAUAAAACAGACUUAAUACGUAGAUGGGAUCCAGAAAUUCAGAUAUAGGUGUCACCCUGAGAAUGUGAGCUUUACCACCGUGUCAGAUAUUUGGCCUUUUACUUAAGGUUUUCUGAGUUGCAUUGGUAUGAAUGUGUGCAUAAAUGUCUGACGCUGUCACCUUUUUGAAUUUCAAAUAUAUCUGAAGAAAUGUUUUUAAAA